AUAUAAAUUAAAAAAAUUUACCAUUAAAUAACAUAUAAAAUUACAUAAAAAAGAGUCAUACAUAUAAAAUCUUUUAUUUCACUGUACUUAUAUCUCAUAUAAUUCAAACUCAACAUCUUUACUUUUUACAAAAAAAAUUACUAUUAAAUUGUUUAACUCAUUGAUACAUUUUCAAUUAUUUAUCAAUCAUUUAAAAAAAAAUAUUCUCCUCACCGCGGAUGACAGUCGAUACCAAUGCGGACGCUAGUACGCGCGUGGCGGACAGCGUUGACCAUAAGUGUGUACUGGUCGGCGGCAUCGGCAGUCAUAACGCCGUUACCUGCGCACGCCAAAAUGCGCGGACCCAUGCCUACAGGUUUCGGCCGCGUCUUUCUAUCAUUACGGUUGAAGACGGUACAAUUCUUCCCUCACGGUAUCCUGCUCCUCUCUAUAUAAAUACGCUAUGGUCUCAAAUAAGGAGCAACCAAUUCAGUGGAGAAGCAUCGAGCGACACAGAAAGAGUCUACGUCUAAAUUGAAGAUCCGGGAAGGCACUUUGAAGCUUUUGGGUCUUGGGUUUUAGUCUUCUUGCCCAGAAAGUUGAGAGCUUUGUAGGUAUUUACAGUAGCCAAAGCUGUUUUCUUUGUUAUGAUUCUGCUUCAAUUUCAUUUGGGUUGGCUAUGUUUUGGUGUUUCUGUGAUGGGUUUAAAUUGGGUUUUUGGAUUUGGGUGUUUUCUUUUUCUUGUUUUGGUUUAUGGUUCUUGGAGAUGAAAACGGUAAGCUAGGUUCAGGGGAGUGAAUGGAAUUUGCUAGGCUGAUUCGAGUUUCUCCUUUUUCAUUCUUAUUCUGAUGGAGUGAUUAUGAUUGGUUGGACUGAAAAUAUGAAUUGAUUUCUUUGUCACUUUAUAAAGGAUUUUUUUUUUUUUUUCCAUUUUUCAGCUUUUGCACACAAAGUUGAUUUGUGGAACACCAUUUCAUCUUGUGAAGGAAAUUACUUAAUAUCUUACUUUUCUUGGGGUAUUUGGUUUUGGGAAUUGAUUACUUCUCAAUAAUUAGGAUUUUGGAGGGCUAUAACUUGGAUUAGUUUAAACGAGAAGCAAUAAGAGGAUUAAUUCAUUAAAAAAAAUUGCUUGAGUCCAGUUUAUUAACUUGUUGAAUGCAUCUGCAUUGAACAUUUGAAGUUUGGUACUUAUUCAUUGAAAGUGGAUUUUUUAAGUUGGUGUUUUUGUUUAUGAUACUUAUGACUUAUUAGAAAAAGGUUUUAUAGAAUAUGAUUUUUGCUGAAUAAUCUUGUCUUGGGCUU